UUCCCAUUCUUCAACCCUCUCUCAUUCACUACUGUUAAAGUGUUUCUCUGACCUCAAAAGCCUGCAUUGUCUUCCUUUCUUUCUUUCUACCUUUCCCUUCGCAUUGUUAUACCGAUCCAACUAAGCUAUAGCUAACCUUUGUUCUCUUCUCUGUAACUGUGGUUCUCUUUUCCCCCUGUAUUUUGGAUUUGCUCCAACGGUCACUUAGUUGGAGGAAGAGAAGAUGUUCCCUUUUGUUUUGCUGUUCUUUCUUCUUUGCUGCAAUUUUCCUGCACCUGGGGUUUCUCUGAAUGCUGAAGGCUAUGUGCUUUUGACACUGAAACAGUCCAUCACAGACCCACAAGGGUGUAUGAGUAACUGGAAUUCUUCCGAUGAAAACCCUUGUUCAUGGAAUGGGAUCAGUUGCAAGGACCAAGCUGUUGUGUCAAUUAGUAUCCCAAAAGGGAAACUUUAUGGCUCUCUUCCUUCAACUCUAGGAUCCCUUUCCCAGCUUCGCCAUGUGAACUUUAGGAACAACAAGCUCUUUGGAAACUUGCCUGCACAGCUCUUCCAAGCUCUGGGACUGCAAAGUUUGGUGCUUUAUGGCAAUUCAUUUUCUGGGUCUGUUCCAAGUGAGAUUCAGAAGCUCAGGUACCUUCAAUUUCUUGAUUUAUCACAAAAUUUCUUCAAUGGGACAUUCCCUGCUUCAAUUGUCCAAUGCAAGAGGCUCAAAACCCUUAUUCUCAGUCGGAACAAUUUCACUGGCCCUAUGCCGGAUGGCUUUGGUACUGGUUUGUUUUCUCUGGAAAAACUAGACCUUUCUUUCAAUCAGUUCAAUGGUUCAAUUCCCAGUGACAUGGGAAAUCUAUCAAGCCUGCAAGGAACUGCUGAUUUGUCUCAUAAUCAUUUUAGUGGUUCAAUCCCAGCCAGCCUUGGUAAACUGCCUGAGAAGGUUUACAUUGAUCUCACUUACAACAAUUUAAGUGGCCCAAUACCGCAAAAUGGUGCCUUAAUGAAUAGAGGACCAACUGCUUUUAUUGGCAAUCCUGGUCUAUGUGGCCCUCCUUUGAAGAAUCCAUGUGGUUCUGAUACUCCAGCUGCGAGUUCACCUUCCUCAUUUCCAUUUAUGCCUAACAACUAUCCACCUCAGGAUACUGGUAAUGGUUCCAGGGAAAGUGAGAAAAACAAAGGGCUUAGUAAGGGAGCUGUGAUUGGCAUUGUUGUGGGUGAUUUAAUUGGAAUUUGCCUCUUGGGUUUGCUGUUCUCUUACUGCUACUCAAGGGUUUGUGGCUUUAACCAGGAUCUGGAUGAAAAUGGAGUUAGUAAGGGAAGGAACGGCAGGAAAGAGUGCUUCUGCUUCAGAAAGGAUGAAUCUGAGGCCCUAUCUGACAAUGUUGAGCAAUAUGAUCUUGUUCCACUAGAUUCCCAGGUAACCUUUGAUUUGGAUGAGCUUCUUAAGGCUUCAGCUUUUGUUCUGGGUAAGAGUGGAAUAGGGAUUAUGUACAAAGUGGUUCUUGAAGAUGGACUUGCUUUGGCUGUGAGAAGACUGGGCGAGGGAGGUUCUCAAAGGUUUAAAGAGUUUCAAACAGAGGUUGAAGCAAUAGGAAAGUUAAGACAUCCUAAUAUUGUGACCCUCAAAGCCUAUUACUGGUCUGUUGAUGAGAAGCUUCUCAUAUAUGAUUAUAUACCCAAUGGAAGCCUUGCUACUGCAAUUCAUGGGAAGGCUGGACUCGUGUCAUUUACACCCCUAUCUUGGUCCUACCGAUUGAAAAUCAUGAAAGGAACUGCAAAAGGAUUGGUGUAUCUGCAUGAAUUUAGCCCCAAAAAAUAUGUCCAUGGAGACCUCAAACCAAGUAACAUACUUCUAGGACAUAAUAUGGAUCCCCACAUUUCUGAUUUUGGACUUGGGCGCCUCGCAAAUAUUGCUGGAGGGUCUCCAACCUUGGAAUCCAACCGAGUGGCUUCAGAAAAACUACAUGAAAGACAAAAGAGCUUGUCCACUGAAGUCACGACUAACGUUUUUGGAAACGGUUAUCAGGCUCCAGAAGCACUGAAAGUGGUGAAGCCAUCACAGAAGUGGGAUGUUUAUUCAUAUGGUGUGAUAUUGUUAGAAAUGAUCACAGGAAGAUUACCCAUUGUCCAAGUGGGUAACUCAGAAAUGGACCUUGUUCAAUGGAUUCAGUUCUGCAUUGAGGAAAAGAAGCCACUCUCGGACGUGUUGGACCCAUACUUGGGUGAAGAUGCAGAUAAAGAGGAGGAGAUGAUUGCAGUUCUGAAGAUUGCAAUGGCUUGUGUUCAUAGCAGCCCUGAAAAGAGACCUACAAUGAGGCACGUGCUUGAUGCUUUGGAUAGACUGUCCAUUUCAUCUGAUUGAAAUUUCAGGGAGCAUUGCAUUGUGAAAUCCAGCUUGUUUGUGAAGCUUUUGCCUUUUUCUUCUUGGUAACUCUUAAGAAUGUCUUCUAGCUGAUGAAUCCUUGUAAUUGAAGCACUGUAAAAGAAAUUGAAUUUCUUUGAGGAAAAAUCAUCAAUUUUUCUGAGAUUAUUCUUUUUUUGGACCAUUACAUAGGACCUAUAAAGGCAUGCUUUUGGGGGCUCGUUACCUUUUCCCACUUUUUAUUUUACCUGGUGUUAUGUGUUAUGUGUGUGUGUGUAUAAUUUACGAUGCAUAUGAUCAAAAUUAGUUUUAUUUCUUUUAAGGCAAGCCAUCCGUUUACUAUCAAACUUAGUUCUAUUCACUGUACAUGAAUGGCGAGAAUCGAAGAAUAGUCUCAAAAGAACAGUGUUACAUGAUGGAUUUGUUAUUGUCAUGCUUCAGUCUCACCCUUGGUGAAUAAAUUAUUUUAUAAUAGAGGGUGGUGGAAGGACUAGCUUCACGAGACACAAAAGCUAGCUAGGAUUGUAACUGUUCUACCCGAAUACUAAUUUGAUUGGACGUUUUAUUCCUAAGCUCUUUGAAUCAGUAUCGGAAUGGGGU